CACACGUCACGCCCUCGGAGCCCGGAACUACUUUCUGACGUAUCCGGGGGCCAAGGGUCAUAGAACAUUCGCCUGCCACAUACGCCUCUGUCGCACUUGUUUGUUUUUGUCCAAAAGAAAAGAAAAAACCUUCGAAAACAGGCAGAUCUGGGCAAAGACAUGGCGCGUCUGGUGGCUGUCUGCAGAGACGGGGAAGAGGACUAUCUGUUUCUUGCACGCCAGAUUCCCUUGUACAUCGAUGACUCGCUCACGAUGGUGAUGGAGUUUCCUGACAGUAUUCUGGACUUUGACAGCUGUCAGAUCAACAGUUCACAAAUGAAGCAGUUUAUUGAGCACCACAGCAUGCUAAAGCAGCAGGACCUGAACAUGGCGUUGAUGGUGAUGUCUCGUGAGGUGUUCAGUGCUCUGUCUCAGUCGGUGCCGUGCGUGGGCUGCCGGCGCAGUGUGGAGCAUCUGUUCUCUCAGCUCACGGACUCUGGAUACUUUGCACUGGAACCGCUCACUGUGGGAUCCUCUGGAGUGCUGUCAGUCACACGAGUGUGUCUCACAGACCCCAGGAAGCUCUACACACUCUUUUAUGUUCACGGGUCAAAGUUAAACAACGUAAUUGAUUCCAUUCCCAAGAGUAAAAAGAAUAAACGCUGUCAGCUGCACUCUUUAGACACGCACAAACCGAAGCCUUUAGGGGGCAGCUGGAUGGACGUGUGGGAGCUGAUGUCACAGGAGUGUCGUGAUGAAGUGGUUUUGAUUGACAGCACCUCUCUGCUGGAGACUCUGGAGACGUACCUGUGCAAACACCGGUUCUGUACGGACUGUAAGAACAAGGUCCUGAGAGCGUAUAACAUCCUGGUAGGAGAUCUGGACUGCAGUAAGGAGAAGGGCUACUGUGCAGCUCUGUAUGAAGGGUUACGCUGCUGCCCCCAUGAGCGCCACAUCCAUGUCUGCUGCGAGACUGAUUUCAUCGCACACUUACUGGGCCGAGCGGAACCAGAGUUCGCUGGGGGUUAUGAGCGUCGAGAGAGACACGUCGAAAGCCCAUAGAAUAUCGCACAGGAGGA